GCUUGGUGGUGGUGAAAGGUCAUCGGAAUGACAGCUGUGAUGGCCAGCGGAGACUCAGGUAGCCUGUCUCUGGGUGGUCUGCUGACAUCCCUGGAGAAGGCGCGCGUACACCUAGAUAGCGAUGAGGAGGACUUUGGCUUCCUGGCCGAUCUGCUCAAAUCACGAGAACUACAAGCCCUUGUUCAUGUACAUAAUAAGAUCAAUCGCACGAGGAAGAACUGCCAGCCGUUAAUGUCUAAUGCAGAAGACAUCGGAAUUUCAAUUAUGCGAGAAAUCCACUACAGAACCAUUCCUUCAGCUGAUGCCAUAGAACUGUUUGCUAUCUUGCAGUCGCCACACCUUCAGGGUGUUCUCCAAGCACAUGACAGCAUCGCCGCCAAAGAUUUUGUACCCCAUUUACCGGAAAUACCAACCGAGGUUGACGAAGAUGAAGAGACCGUUAAGAUAGUGCAGCUUGUGAAGAGUAAUGAACCCAUGGAAGACGAGUUCAAAGAUAUGCUGAAAGCGGAUGCAAGAAUCGAGUUCCACUACUCGCACUGGUUUGACGAGGUUAUUGUCAAUGACGACUUGUCCUCAGCAUUUGAGCUCUUGGUAGCUGCUGUAAAUAGGGUGGAGACUGAACCACUGUGGGUGCCUGCAUCCUGGGUGCAAUAAUUCUAGUGCAAUCAUUUUUUUUCUUUUUCUUUUUCUUUUGUCAUGAUUUCCAAAUUUUUUUUCCCCUCCUUUUAUUAAAGUAGUGCAGCAAUAAGUCAUAUUCUUCAUGCAUUAUGCUUUAGAACAGUGGUUUCUUGAAGUGUUAAUAUCCAUGUGAAGUGCUGGACAUGACAGUGCCAACACACCUGCCUUUAGUUUUGUUUUGUGCCUUUUUUCAGAAAAAAAAAAGUUUUAGGACCAUGAAAAAGUAAUAAUUGUUGUUAUUAGGAGGAUUUAGACUGUAUCCAAGGAUAGGCAAGAUAACAGUAGUGUAUAUUUACUGGAAAAUUCCUUUGAGGUUUCAAAAGCUGCUCUUACAAGGCUCGAUAUACCUUUAUGGUGUUAUGCAAGAUUUUGUGUUAUUCCCACAAGGUUACUAGCCUUUCUUGUAAUACACAGCAGGUGAACAAUCACAUGGCAUUUUGGUGCAGGUAACCACACUUCUUGUGUGCUAUUACUACCAGUGGAGGAGGCAGCUAGUCAUUGUUUAAAAUGAAACCACUGGGUGUUAACCUGUAGUGUUAAUCCCUGCAUUUCAGCCAAAAGAAAAUGGUAGACAUCACUUCUUAGGUAGAGUUGAGUAUUCUACCAUCAUACUGCAAAAAUCUAGUGUGACUAUCUUGGUGUAACUUGUUAAACUGUCAUCACAAACUUUACCAAAGCAAGAUUGUAAAAUGUUUGGCUUUGUGAACUGUUUAAUCUCCCACUUUCUCCUAUAAAUCUUCAAGGAUCUGUUUCAGUGGACUUCCUAAAUAUCUCUUGUGCCUCAUACCUACUUACUAACUAAUAUUGACUUAUAUAGAGGUGUGCAUGCAACCUUAUAAGUAAGUAAACAACUUUUUCAGUUCAAAGCAUGUCGAACUGUGCCCAGUAUGGCUGCAGCUACUUUCAUUAUUUAUUGUCAUAAUUUGUUUCAUCAUUAUUUAUUGAAAAUGUCCUUAGAUACCUCGAUUCUUGUGAAACAUUUUCUCACACUGCUCCAUGCAAAACACUUACAAUGUCUCAUGUACAAAUGAGGAGAAAAGAGAAGUGUGAACAAGAACUGUGUGAAUGAUGGUGUAGCACAAGAGACAUCACGUGGUGCGAGCACUCUUGUGUAGAAGUAAUACAAAUGCCCCAUGUUGUGCAUAGCAGAGCCCAGCCUCAGUGAAGUACCAGAUUUAAUGAUGGUUAUUUGGUACAGAGUUUUUAUAAUAGUUACAAACACCUUUUAUAUAGUUACUGUUGUAUGUUUCUAUACUGCCAUAAAUAUAGGUGAGAAUAGGUUUAACAACAGCUUGAGCAGUUGAUGUUGGAUGAGAGUAGAUGCAAAACUUGUCAGCAAUACACAUUCCUAGUUCAGUGAUCUAGUCUUGAAUGGAGGGCCGUUGAGUCUUCGUUUGAUGUCAUAACCUAAGCUGUAAUGGGUUAGGGAAUAUAUUCACCACAUCUUGUGAAGGAAAGAAAAAAUAAUGGGCAUGUAAAUGUGCAAUUGCUUUAAUGGUUGUGGUAUUUCUCUUUGUUUCAAUGCUGAUUAUGGCCUUUUUAAAGAGUUUAGUAUUAACAAAUUCUUUUAUUCAGAUAGGUAUGUAUAAAACUGAAUUUUAGCAUGAAUAUCAUAAAUAGUCAUUGUAUCAAAAUAAGUGGAUAUUAGAGUGAUUGAUGAGGAAGAUAGGCCUACACAGAUUUAAGACCAUUUAGCAGCAUGGAUUCACCACCAGUUAAAAGGAGUUCAUGCAUGACCACACUCGGAAAAUGUUCUAGUUGUAAGGGCACUUAAGUGACUUUGUGGUUGUAUUUUUUCUUUCUAAGUUGUAGGGACUGAAAUUUUGCCAGAUAUUUUGUCCUGACAAGUUCUUCCAUCCCCUUUUUAUUUUUUUUAUUAUUUUUUUUUUUAUCCAUGUCACUGCUCUGCAUGUUUACACUUUAAUGGCAUGGGGUUUGUACUUUUAUUAGCAGUGCAGUUAUUUUUUUUCUUAUAAUUUAUUGCAGAAGACCUAUGUUAAAAGUAUACAAUUACCUUUUAUAAGGAGUAGAAAUGUACUUAGGUAUUGUGACCAUUCUUCUUUUUAUUGAUUUUAUUGAUUUCUUCUCUCCAUUCAUAUAUCCAUGUUGAGUCAGUAUGAGAUAGGAAAAGUCUUAGGUUUGGUCCAAAGUGUAAAGACGAGUGGCCUAAAACGUCGAUUUGAUUAAGUGAGUAAAACUAAGACUUGAUUCCAUGAAAUGAAUUAAUUGAAUUAAGUUACUGAGUACCUGUGCUAAAUAAAACCGUAGGAGCUUAUGUGCAAUCAUUGCAUAUAUAUGUACAUUUAAGACGGUAUGUAUAUCUUCUUUUUUUUUAUUGGCUUGCAGUUGGUAUGAAUACUUGUACACUCAAAAAAAAAAAGGAAAAAAAAAAUCUCCCACAGCAUCUAUAGGUCUUUGAAUUAUAUAUUAUCCAUGUUUAUAAGCAGUCAUUAGUAUAAUGAAUGAAAAUCAACCAGUAGAUGUAGUUUCUUGUAUACACAUUAUUCUUUUGGGAAUGUCUUAUAAGAUUUUAGAAAACUAGUUAAGAACUGUCAUCUGUAUGAUGCUAGUUAACAAAUAGGCUUUAUUGCUGUUUUUUGUUGUUUUUAUUUAUUUUUUAUUAUACUUUUCAGUUUGAAUGAAUGAAUGUACAGAGAAAGGGUAAAGUACUUCAGGUGUGUGGAAUAUUACAUGUGCGUUAUAUAUUAUCCACAGAAGCAUGAAAACCUUUUUUUAAUGAUAUAUGAUAAUGGCCUUGUAUGAUUUAAGAAAAUAUGAACAUUAGAUUUAAUGGAAGCCAAAAUUAGGAGGUUACUAGUCACACAGUAGUAAUGUGAUUUGGUAGUGCACAGAGAUUAUAAAAACACUUGUUUGACAUAGAUGGGUGUGUGAUCAUGAUAAUAGCCUGAAAGGUAACUAAAUUUUCUAAAUGUUAAUGAUUGAUUCAAGAAUAUUAUGAACAUUAUACAAAUGCUUAAUUUUU